GGGGCAGCCCCCGGGCCCGGCUCCGCCGGCAGCAGCUCCGGGCCGGAGACCCAGGCUGCAGAAUAACAUCCACAUUUUGCUCCGAAUCGUCCCAUCCUCCUAGGGGAAAGGAAAUGGCAUCAGUGGAGCCAGCUCAUGGGUUGGUGACCUUUGAGGAGCUGGCUGUGUACUUCACGGAGGGGGAAUGGGCUCUGCUAGACCUUACUCAGAGAGCCCUCUACAGGGAGGUCAUGCAGGAGAAUUAUGCCACUGUGGCCUCACUGGGUUUUCCAGUUUCCAAACCUGAUGUGAUCUCCCGACUGGAACAAGGGGAAGAGCCAUGGGUCCCAGAUCUCCAGGGCUCUGAGGAAAGAGAGCUCCAGACAGGUAAUUGGAUGGUGAGUGAGAAUGAGGAGCAGAAUCCACAGCAAGUUGAUGCUGAGCAACUGGAACCACAUGGGACAUUAGCAGGAAGAUGCAAAGAGAAAGUUUCUGGGAGCUGUGGAGAGGUUAAAGCCUGUGAGAGUCAGCAUGGGCCAGAGAAAAGCUUUAGUAGCUGCUCAGACCUUAUUAGAUACAAAAGAAUCACCACAGGAGAGAGACCCUACUCAUGCUGCUAUUGUGAGAAAAGCUUCAACCAUAGCUCAAACCUCAGCAGACAUCGGAGAGUCCACACAGGAGAGCGACUGUACACAUGCUCCGAGUGUGAGAAAAGCUUCAAUCAGCGCUCACACCUUAUCACACAUCAGAGAAUCCACACGGGCGAGCGCUCCUUCACAUGCCCUGAGUGCGGGAGAAGUUUUAGACAGGACUCAGCUUUUAUGAGACAUAAGAGAACCCACACAGGCAAUGGGAUGGUGAGUGAAAACAAGAAGACCACCUCCUGCCAGGAGGAUGCUGAGCAAGUAGAACCACAUGGGACAUUAGCAGGAAGAUCCAAAUGGAAAAUAUUUUGGAGUUGUGCAGAGGCUAAAGUCUGUGAGAGUCAGCAUAGGCCAGAGAAAACCUUCAGUGGUGGCUCAGACUUUAUUAGACAUGAUAGAAUCAACAUGGGAGAGAGACCGUACAUGUGCUCUGAGUGCGGGAAACACUUCACUCGGCGCUCAGACCUUAUCACACAUCAGAGAAUCCACACAGGAGAGCGCCCUUACACGUGCUCUGAGUGUGGGAAAAGCUUCAAUCGAAGCUCAAACUUUAUCAUACAUGAGAGAAUCCACACUGGAGAGCGACCCUACAAGUGUUUUGAGUGCGGGAAGAGCUUCAGUGAGAGCUCACACCUUAUCAGACAUCAUAGAAUUCACACAGGCGAGCGCCCCUACAAGUGUUCUGAGUGCGGAAAAAGCUUCAGUGUGACUUCACACCUCAUCAGACAUCAGCGAAUCCACGCAGGAGGGGGCUCCUUGACAUGCUCUGACUGUGGGAAAAGUUACAAAGACAGCUCAUACUUCAUCAGACACCAAAGAGUCCACACGGGAGAGACAUCCUACAAGUGCUCGGAGUGCGGGAAAAGCUUCAUCAAGCGCUCACACCUUAUCACACAUCAGAGAAUCCACACUGGAGCGGGAUCCUUCACAUGCCCUGAGUGCGGGAAAAGCUUCAAAGUCAGUGCAUACCUCAUCAGACAUCGGAGAAUCCAUACUGGAGAGAGACCCUACAGAUGCCCUGAAUGCGGGAAAAGCUUUCGUUGGAGCUCAAGUUUUAUCCGACAUAAGAGAAUCCACACAGGUGAUGGGAUGGUGAGUGAGAACAAGAAGAAGACUCCCAAGAAGGAAAAUACUGAGGAAGUAGAGCCACAUGGGAUGUUCGCAGAAAGAUCCAAAGAGAAAGUGUCUUUGAGUUGUGCAGAGGCAAAAACCUGUGAGAGUCAGUGUAGACCCGAUAAAAGCUUCAGUAGCUGCUCAGACCUUAUUAGCCAUGAAAAAAUCAACACGAGAGAGAAACCCCAUACGUGCGCUGAGUGCGGGAAAGGCUUCAAUCAGCGCUCAAACCUUAUCACACAUCAGAGAAUCCAUACAGGCGAGCGACCCUACUCAUGCUCCGAGUGUGGGAAAAGCUUCAAUGUGAGCUCACACCUUAUCAGACAUCGUAGAGUCCACACUGGAGAGAGCCCCUACACAUGCUUUGAGUGUGGGAAAAGCUUUCGUUGGAGCUCAGCCUUUAUCAUACAUAAGAGAAUCCACACAGGGGAGCAACCCUACACAUGCUCUGACUGUGGGAAAAGCCUCAAUGGAAGAUUACAGCUCAUUACACACCAGAGAAUUCACACAGGAGAGCGACCCUACACAUGUUCUGAGUGUGGGAAAAGCUUCAGUGUGAGCUCAACCCUCAUCACACAUCAGAGAGUCCAUACAGGAGAGAGAUCCUUCACAUGCCCUGAGUGUGGGAAAAGCUUCAAACACAGAUCAAACCUGACAGCACAUCGGAGAGUCCACAAUGGAGAGAGACCCUACACAUGCUUUGAGUGCCAUAAAAGUUUUAGCCAGAGUUCACAUCUUAUAUCACAUCAGAGAAUCCACACAGGAGAACGCCCCUACUCAUGCUCCGAAUGUGGGAAAAGAUUUAGUGAGAGGAAAACCCUCAUCACGCAUCAAAGAAUUCACACAGUAAAGAGACCCUUCACAUGCCCUGAGUGCAGCAAAAGUUUUAGACAGAGGUCAGCUUUUAUCAGACAUAAGAGAAUCCACACAAGCCAGUAAUGCCAUAAACCUCUUGACUACAGCUGGCCAAAGAUUUUUUUGUAAAAUAAAUCCCAAGUAAUUUGCACCAUUUUCUUCAGUGUGGUGUCUCAGCGCCACAUGAGUUGCCUGCCUCUGUUUUUUGCCCCUUCUUCUUUGGGGUGAAUCCCAUCAUCCUUUAUCAACUUCUCUGUCUGAUAUCACCUGGGACUGUAUCCACCUCCUGCCAGAAAUAUUCAUCAGCACCAGGUGAGGGAGAUGGGUUUGACCUUGACUAGCUACAGUGAGGUAAACACUACCUGUGCCUUGUCUCCACUGGGAUUGUACAUGGAGGUAACUGCUCAAUUUAGUGAUCAUGUAACAACACAACUAUAUUUGCAGUACCGACAUAACCCCGGGACAGUGGCUGGGUUAUAUUUCUCCUUGAUGAGCUCUCCUGCAUCAUUUUUCCUACUCUAGACAAACCCCAAGGAUCAAGUUGAUACCAUUCCCCCAUUACAAAAUGAUUCUUAGCCCCUUGGGGACAGAUUGUCUCAGUACCAGUUGUUCUCACCUUGCUCAGGGCUGUGCUGGACAAAAGUAUUUUUUUCUAUCAUUUUCCUCAAUUAAAAUAGAUUGAAAUAGAACAAAUAGCAGGGCUACAAUUAAUUUGCAGACUUAACAGCAUUAAUUUGGGUUUGAAUAAGGACUGGGAGUGGCUGGCUCAUCACAAAAGCAUUUUUUCCUCCCGUGGUAUUGACAUCUCAUCAGUUAUUGGGAGUGGACCACAUCCACCCUGACUGAAUUGGCCUUGUCAACACUGGUUCUCCACUUGUAAGGUGAAAGGAGGUGGCCCACCCUCAAGGAAUUGCCACAGUUUUACCAAGGGUUUCCCUCUGACCUUUGGAAAACUCCCGGGCUCGACCAAUCCUGUUGACCCUUGGGAGGACACGCAUACAGCCUUCCGCUUGAAGGAUUGACACUCAGGCAGUAGUUCUUCAAAAAACAAAAUAAUCUUUAUUCAGUAUACCAAUAUUCCCUGACACAAUAAGUAUUAAAAGCAUACAUCAAGAAACAAAGCACAAAUCCCAUUAGCACAGCGGGCAGUAGUCAUCUCUGAAGCUGCCACCAGAACCAAUCAGACGGCAGAGCUCACAGACAAAGGAGUUGGUUUACAUUCAGUGGUUGGCUGUUGAUGGAGUGGAGCGGAGGGAGGUGCCCAUUGACCUUCCCACUGAGACACAAAGGGAGAUGUGGUCAGGCUACUGAGAGCCACCUGAAUUGUCCCUUGGACUGCAGAGCAGGGAGACUGAAGAUCUGGCUAAGUUACGAGAACUCCUGAGUUCCUGUUAACAAGAAAGAAACAAAUGGGUGAGUGGGUAUAAAAGAAGAGCUGGAUGGCAAAUUUGGUGCAAACAGUUAAGAACAUUUUGGCAGAAGAAAAUCAACGUAAAGCGAAGACCAGAAGGAACAAUUAGAAUAUCAAUGGAAAAUAGAGGAGAAGGUGAUGCUUAAAGACUGAGUAAAAGAGGUAAAAUAAAACCUAUAUAAAAGGAACCCUUUCCAGUUAAGUAUGUGGCCAGUCCCAUGGCAGUUUUAGUAACCACUCUGGAUGGAGAUGUGUGAAAACAUUCUGAUCAAAUUGUACUUGCCAAGGGACUAGUGUCACGGAGUCCCCAGGCAAUGCUCUGGAACUGCUCCCCACAAAGCCAGUCCGGACUUUGGGGAGCCUCCUCUCUCUUGAAGCAGACUGUUUUCAGGGCAAGAAGCUCACACAGCUUCACCUCUUGGGUCUCUCCUUGGAGCAUUCAGCAUCCUCUGCCCCUCCAUGCGCUUCCCACAGCAAGCCUGCCCCAGCGGGGUCCUGGGGAAGCCAGAGGCUCCUGCACCCCCACUUCGCAGUCAGACGUGACUCUCAGCCAGCCAGUAAAACAGAGGCUUAUUAGAUGACAGGAACACAGUCUAAAACAGAGCUUGUAGGUGCAGAGAACCGGACCUCUCAGCCAGGUCCAUUCUGGGGCCCAGUGAGGCAGACCCCCACGCCCUCACUUCUCGUCCCCCGCCAGCCCCCAAACUGAAAACCCCCUCCAGCCCCUCCUCUGCUGAGUUCCUUUUCCAGACCAGGAGGUCACCUGACCUCUUUGUUCUCCCACACCUUUAGCAUCCCCUUGCAGGGAGGAAGGGCCUGGCCAUUAGUUGCUAGGUAACAAAGGGUCGGCCAGAAACUGAGGCCCCCCCACAGUAUUCAGAGGAAACAUUAAGAACAGUCCCACUUUGUCACAACUAGACAUAACAAUUCUCAGAAAUAAAUGCACAAUAUUUACUAACCUAUAAGGCCCGGUUAGAGACCUUAUGUUUUUGUUUGCUUAUAUUUUUUCAGGUUAAUCUAUGAAUUUAUGGAAGCAAGAAGUAUGCUGUGAAGUUUGCUUUGUUUUGUUACUUGUGGGCUUGUUUGUUGUGCAGCUACUGGUCCUGUUUGUGCCACAGGACCCUAUCCAAAGAAUAAACCAGAAGUUUAAGUUAAAAUUUGGUUAACACAAUAUUAACCUUAUUUGUGCCUUAUUCGGGGCACAAACAUAAGAAUGGCUAUACUAGGUCAAACCAAAGGUCCAUCUAGCCCAGUGUCCUGUCUUUCAACAGUGGCCCAUGCCAGGUGCUUCCAAAAAAAUGAACAGAACAGUCAAUGUCCAAGUAAUCCAGCCCUUGUUGCCCAUCUCCAGCUUCUGGCAAACAUAGGCUAGGGACACCAUCCCUGCCCAUCUUGGCUAAUAGCCAUUGAGGGACCUAUCCUCCAUGAAUUUAUUUGGUUCUUCUUUAAAAAAAACUUGUUACAGUCUUGGCUUUCACAAUAUCCUCCAGCAAGAAGUUCCACAGGUUGACUGUGUGAGGAAAUAUUUCCUUUUAUUUUAAACAUGCUGCUUAUUAAUUUCAUUUAGUGACCCCUAGUUUUUGUGUUAUAAGAAGUAAAUAAUACUGUCUUAUUUACUUUCUCAACACCAGUCAUGAUUUUAUAGACCUCUAUUGUAUCCCCCUCUUGGUCAUCUCUUUUCCAAGCUAAAGAGUCCCAAUUUUAUUAAUCUCUCCUCAUAUUACCCCUGACCAUUUUUGUUGCUUUUUUUUCUAUGCCUUUUCCCACUUCCAAUACAUCUUUUUCAAGAUGUUGGCAGGGCCGGCUCCAGGCCCCAGCGCGUCAAGCGUGUGCUUGGGGCGGCAUGCCUCGGGGGGCGCUCUGCCAGUUGCCGGGAGGGCAACAGGCAGCUCCGGUGGACCUCCCACA